AUGGCAACAAUUUCAAAUAACGGUACAACGAAAAAUAAGCCACGUCUUGAUCUUGAUGGCUAUUCUUACAUUAAAGAUCGCUCUUCGGAUGAGAGAACCUAUUGGCGUUGUAUAAAGUACUCCUCGGACCGCUGUCGCUCUCGUCUUCAUACCUGUAUUUUAACCAAUGCUAUUAAGAAACCACCAACUAAACACACAUGUAAAGUCGAUGGCACAACACUUCAACUUCGAGUUUUCAAUGAGCACAUUGCUCAUCGCGCUGUUAAUACUCAAGAAACACCUGACACCAUCAUCACGAAUUGUUAUAAAGGUAUGGCAGAUCCAUCGAUUGCUCGUUUACCAGUACGUGACAAUAUUAAACGUCGAAUAAGACUUUUGCGGCAGAAUAAUCAAAUAGUGAAAGAACCAAAUGAUCCAAACUUUGCUUCUGUUCCUAUUCCAUUGACUAAAACCAUACGUAACGAUCAGUUUCUUCGUUGUGAUACAGGACCAGGAGAGGACAGAAUCCUAAUCUUCGCAAGUGAUGAACAAGUCGAUAUUUUACAAGAUACCGAAGAAUACCUUGUCGACGGAACAUUCAACGUCGUGCCUGAAAUAUUCUAUCAAUUAUUUAUCAUUCAUGGUGUAUUUCGUGAUCAUGUAGCUCCAUUAGUUUAUGCUUUAUUACGUCGAAAAAAUGCGGAAACAUAUCGACGCCUUAUCGCUGAAAUACUGAACAUCGCUCCUCGUUGGUCUCCACGCACUAUCAUGCUCGACUUUGAACAAGCUUCAAUGGGUGCUUUUCAAACAGCUUUUCCUAAUGUCUUAUUAUCUGGAUGUUAUUUCCAUCUGCGACAAAGCAUACAUCGAAAACUACAGAUAGCUGCCUUGACAUUCUUAGAAACAAACUCUGUCAUCAACGGAUUUGAACGUUUAUUAAUAGAUCUUGGCGACGGUUACGAAAAUAUAUUGGCUUAUUUCGAAGGAACAUAUAUCGGAAGGCUUCGACCAAAUCGCGCUCGAAGAAAGCCCAUGUUCGAAAUCAGUUUCUGGAAUAUGAAUCGAAGAACCACUCAGCCCUCGAUGCGAACAAAUAAUUCUGCCGAAGCCUAUCAUCGAAGAAUUGGUUCGGUAUUUCAAUGUGCUCGUCCAACACUAUGGGUUUUUUUGCAGAAGUUAAUUGAUGAAGAAAACGGUAUCCAUGCGGAUAUUUUACACAUUUGUGCUAGUCAAACACCAAAAAAGAAAAAAGGAAAUGAACGACUCGAAAGACGAUUAUUGAAUCUUGUAACCAAUCCUCAUGGAGAUGUCUUAGUUCAACUUGACUCAAUCGCGUACAAUAUAUCAUUGAAAUAUCCAAUCAAUUAG